CUUCUUCUUCCCUUCGUUCUGCCUGCAGCAGUUCCCUCCACAUAAACAUGUCUGUCUAAUUCCUCCAGCAGCAUGUGAUCCUCUUCACACCUCCUCCCUGCUCUUGUGUUUUAAGGUUGUGCAAUAGUUAAAUAAUUCAUUGUCAGCGUCGCUGCUGCUGCUGCUGCUGCUGCCUACAGGUCGUCGGUGCGGAGGAAAAAAGCUGCUCGCUCGUCAUUCCUGCAGUGCGAGCUCUGGCAGCAGCUCCUGAGAGAGACAGAGCGCACAGAUCCGAGGGAAGCUGCAGAGCACCCACACCCACCGAGGAUACACAGGACUACCCUUACUCCUCCUCCUCCUCCUCCCUCCCUUCUCCAACUCUGCGCUCAGCAUUAUCACAACUGCUGCUCGGCUUUGCAGGGCAGCGACGAGCCCACUUGGCUUCAAGAAACUUCAAGAACAAGGAGGACGAUGCUGCUUCAGCUUGGACCGAGAUGGACGAGGCUGAUCUGCUUUCUGUGCCUCCUCCUCCUCCUCUUCGGCUUGCCGGGGGAAUCGAACGCCAGGAGAGCCCCGAAGAUCCCCCGCUGCCCUGCGACCUGCUCCUGCACCAAAGACAGUGCCUUCUGCGUGGACACCAAAGCCAUCCCCAAGAGCUUCCCCCCGGGGAUCAUCUCUCUGACGAUGGUGAACGCAGCCUUCAGUACCAUCCCAGAGGGAGCGUUCUCACACCUCCACCUGCUGCAGUUCCUGUUGUUGAACUCCAACACGUUCACCAUGAUCGCUGACGACGCCUUUGCUGGUUUGUCUCACCUGCAGUACCUGUUCAUCGAGAACAACGACAUCCAGGCGCUCUCCAAGUACACCUUCAGAGGACUCAAAUCCCUGACUCAUCUAUCUCUCUCAAACAACAACCUGCAGCAGCUGCCGAGAGAUCUCUUCAAACAUCUCGACAUCCUCACAGAUCUAGACCUGCGGGGGAACUCUUUCCGCUGUGACUGUAAAAUCAAGUGGCUGGUCGACUGGAUGGAGAAGACCAACACUUCUGUUCCUGCGAUCUACUGCGCGAGCCCGUUUGAAUUUCAGGGACGGAGAAUCCACGAUCUGGCACCGCGAGACUUCAACUGCAUCAGCGCAGAUUUUGCUGUCUACGAGACCUUCCCUUUCCACUCGGUGUCGGUGGAGUCGUACGAGUUCAAUGACGACCAGUUUGUGACCUUCGCUCAGCCUGAUUCAGGGUUCUGCACCUUGUACGUGUGGGAUCACGUGGAGAUGGUCUUCAGGAGGUUUCAUAACAUCACCUCUCGCUCUGCUGUGUACUGCAAACCGGCGGUCAUAAACAACAGUCUUUACAUGGUCGUGGCUCAGCUUUUUGGUGGAUCUCAUAUCUACAAGUGGGAAGAAGACCCGCAGCGCUUCGUAAAGAUCCAAGACAUCGACACCACUCGCGUGAGGAAGCCCAACUUCGUGGACACCUUCCAGGUGGAUGAAGAGUGGUACUUUGUUGUCGCGGACAGCUCCAAAGCCGGCUCCACCAGCAUUUACCGCUGGAACAGCAACGGUUUCUACUCCCACCAGUCCCUCCAUCCCUGGCAUCGGGACACCCACGUGGAGUUCCUCGACGUCGGGGGGAAGCCUCACCUGAUUCUCUCCAGCGCCUCUCAGCCACCGGUGGUCUACCAGUGGAACCGAAGCCAGAAGCAGUUCGCCUUCUUCUCCCAGAUCACCGAGCUGGCCGACGUGCAGAUGGUUAAGCACUUCUGGGUGAGGAAGGUUCUUUACCUUUGCCUCACGCGCUUCAUCGGUGACUCCAAGAUCCUCCGCUGGGAAGGGCAGCGUUUCGUGGAGAUCCAGACUCUUCCUUCUCGGGGCUCCAUGGCGGUGUAUCCGUUCACCGUCGGCCUUCGUCAGUACCUCAUUCUUGGAAGCGACUUCUCCUUCUCCAGAGUGUACCUGUGGGAUGACCUCACUCAGCGCUUUCAGCCCUUCCAGGAGCUCAACAUGAGAGCCCCGCGGGCGUUCAGCCUGGUAGCUGUCGACAACAAGGACAUUCUGCUGGCUGCCAGCUUCAAAGGCAACACCCUGGCCUACCAGCACCUGGUGGUGGAUCUCAGUGCCAAGUAGACAUGUUAAAACCGGAGCGAGAGGAGGAGGACGAGGCGUUUGUGAGCAUUUAUCAACACGUGCCAAAUAAAUGAAAGACUGCAAAAUGUUUAAGCCAUGUAACUAAAGGUCUGCUGUGUCACCUGAUGUUUAAAGCGAGGCAACUAAUUAAAAGAUUAAUCUAUUUUUGAUGCACUAUCUCUUAACAUCGUGUCAUGGCAACGCUGCAUCACUGCUUCCAUCUAUCUACGCCAGUUAUUUGUAUACUUUACUAAACAAUGUGCAUGUGCAUCCACUGAAGACUGACUGUAAAAGAUUUUGUAAGUUUAUCUGUGUUGCAUUUUGCAUGACACAAAUGGUACAAAUGAUAUGAUGUAAACCGAGCAAUACUUAACCAUCGCAAUACUUAAAAAAAAUCCUUGAUUAUAUAUGAGAUAAUCUGUUUUUUGGGGAUUUAAUGUUCGUUCUGCAAUAAUAACAAAGAGAGAUCAGAGCCGGCCUGAAGCAUGAGCAAAGACGAGGCGAGAGGGGCCAAAGUGUCUGACAAUGUGAAAUUUUCUUUAUAAUUUAAGUUUUUAAAAACAGAUUCUUUGAUUUUGUUAUAGCGGAUGUGAAAAAUAAGAAACAUUUUGGGGGAUUAUAUCUAAUAAACUGAAAUCUGGGGAUCCACACGAGCUAUAACAAAGUCAAAGAAUGUAUAUUAAAGUUAUAUAACAGUUCUAAUCCUAUGUUUUUGUUCUUGUUGCUGUGUAUAUUUGCACAUGGAAGAGUUGAUGUGAAGGGGGGUUCAAUUAAAUCCAGCUUAUGGCCCCUAAAA